CUAUAAAUACGUACCGUAACUAAAGUGAAGUUGUGCACUAGUUUCUCACUUUCUCUAAAAAUGGCAAGUCUGAAUAAUGGUACCACCAUUGUCCAUAAGUUAACGAUUGAAGCUCUGUUAUCAGUGACACCUUAUAAGCUGAUUGAUCAGAGACUGGUGCGCCGAGUUUUUGCCAAGGACCCUGUUGGUUCAGCAAUAUUUCGAAGGUGUCUUCAUGUACUUCUUUACUACAGGAAUGUGAAUGAAGAGGAUUCCGGGUCACUUUUUGCAGGUUGGGCUAAGGAGUCACUAGCAAGAGCAUUGUAUGAGCAGCCAUUGCUUAGUGGAAGGCUCCGGCGUGGAGAGGAUGGUGAUGGAGAGUUAGAAAUUGUGUCCAAUGAUAGUGGUGCUCGGCUCGUGGAGGCACAAAUGAAUAUAACUUUAUCGGAGUUUCUCGAAUUGAAAGAGAAGGAAGAAGCAGAAGCUCAGCUUGUUUCUUGGAAUGAUAUUGAUGAACAUAAUCCACAGUUCUCUCCGUUAUUUUAUGUUCAGGUGACAAACUUCCAGUGUGGUGGAUAUUCGGUUGGCAUUAGCUGUAGCCUUCUUUUGGCAGACAUUUUGGUGAAGGAUAACUUCCUCAAUAAUUGGGCAAACAUGCACAACAAUAUACUUUCCAAUAAUAAUGAAUCCAAAAAACCCGUAUUUUACCUUCCUAAUCUUAAAACAAAUGGUUAUUCCCCUGCCAACAUAAUUAGCCACAGUCCAACUAAUGAUUGUGGCCAAACCAUGCAUUUCAAGGUCACUAUUGAAAAUGAAAAUUCGGAUGGUGAAUUCUUCCAAUCACUUGCAUUGCUUUGUGUUGAGGAGACAGAGAGCAAACUUGGUAGCACAAUGGCUUCAGAGUUUUCUUUGUUUGUGAAAGAAAACUCCGAGGUCAUUAAGAUAGAAAAGUAUUCUAAACAUGGACAUGUUAAUCCACAAUUGGGUCUCAAGACUCAAGUCACUUGUGCAGGUUGGGAUGAAUAUUUAGGGGCCAACGAGGUAACGUUUCGUGAUGGGAAUAGGCCAAUGCAUGUUUCAUAUUGGAUUGGGUCAAUUUUUGAUGGUCUUGUCAUUGCAAUUCCCCCUCUUAAUCAGGCUACUCUUGGAGUGAACAUUUUAGUCACAAUUCCUAAUGAGAACAAACUCUAGGAUGAACUGGACAGUUUGAAUUUCUUUUUAAUUUUUUUUUUCUAUAUGUGAUUAUAGGAAAGGGGAAGAAUAUGUUUGGUUAAAGUUUCAUGUUAGCCGUUAGCUUGAUGGUAUGGGGUUUAAUUUUACCAUCCAUUUGUAAUUGUUAUUUGAUCUGUAUUUGAAUGAUGAAAGCCAGUUAUGUAUUUGAAUGAUCAAAAUAUUUUGAGUUGUUUGUAA